UACGCAAGAAAGUCGCUAGGUGGAUUGUCAAAAUUGACAUUGAUGGUUGAAUAUUGCAAAAAAUUGUUUAUUUAUUUAAAAAAACCCUUACGAAAAUAACAUUUUGGAAUGGUAGAAAUUUGGAAAGAUUGGUGUCGUUUAUGUGGCCGCCCAAAUAAACUAACUGCAGAUCAAAUAGUUAAGAAUGAAAAUGAUAAUUAUUUAAAAAAUAUAAUUUCACAGUACUUUGUUUUGAGUAUGGAGGAUGAAAGAAUGCCCCAAACAUUAUGCUUAGAUUGCAGGAAUUUUUUAACAGCUUUGUCGAAUUUUGGGCAACAAGUUCAAAAUUUACAGUUAAUGUAUUUGGAAAUGGAUCACGAAGAAAAACUUGGAAACAAAAUCGACUUAAACAGUUUCCGAACUAAAUUUGGAUUAGAUGAAAUAGUGGAAAUGAAUUGUAAAACAAAGCCAGAAUUAUCCAAAUCUAAAGAAAACGAAUCAGUCGAUAUUUUAGACAAUGAUUUCGAUCAAGUACUUGGAAAUGAAAAUUGGAUUAAUCAUCAUGAAAUGAUGACAAGCAGUUUAAUCAAAAUGGAAAACUUCAAUGAAGAUGCACUAAUUAGCAAUCAUAUUGAAAAAAAGAAAGAAACAAAAAAAUUGAUUAGAGUAGAUACAAUUCAGUGCGAGAUAUGUCCAAAAGUUUUUGCUCAAAUAUCGCGGUAUUUGCUUCAUUUAAAGAAAAAGCAUAAUAUCAUAAGGGAACCUCCACCUAAAAAUCGACAAAAAAGUGCUGAUGACAAAAUUAUUUGCAAAUUAUGUGGUAAAAGCUGUGGAAACCGUGGGGCAUAUGUUUCCCACAUGCAAAAAAAACAUGAGAAUGCAGAAAUUGAAGAGCCAAAAUUAUACGAAUGUAGUAUUUGCUCCAAAACUUUUACACAAAAAAUGGCUUUAACUAAGCAUGAAGAAAUCCAUUUACCUAAAGAUCAAAGAAAUUUAUUUCCGUGCACACAAUGUAACAAGAAAUUUCUAAAUGAAUAUUUAUUAGAAGCACACAUUAAAAUUGUUCAUUUAAAAGAAAGACCAUUUGUAUGCGAAGUUUGUGGUAAAGGAACAACAUCAAAAAGAUCUUUAGAAGAUCACAAACUUGUUCAUACGGAAGCUACGCACAAAUGUGAAUUAUGCUCUCAAUUAUUUAAAAAUAUAAAAAGAUUAAAAGUGCAUAUGAAAACUCAUGAAAAUUUUAAUGUUCCAUGCUUAAUUUGUAAUUUAAGGCUAAAAAAUAACCAGUCAUUAAAGGAGCAUAUGUCAAUACAUACUGAUGUGAAGAAUUUCAAAUGCCCCCUAUGUGAAAAUGCAUUUCGAUGCCGACGUAACUUAAGAGCUCAUAUGUUAACCCACACAGGUUUAAAACCAUAUCAUUGUUCGUUUUGUGAUGUGUCUUACGCAAAUCGUUCAAAUUGUAAGAAACAUGAAAAGCAUGCGCACCCAGCAGAAUUUGCCGAAAUGGAAGCGAAAGGUUUAAAAGUUCAUAGCAAAAAUGUCCCAAAAUUUCACGAAUUAAAGCAAAUGAUGGAGCAUAUGAAACAAAAAAUUCUUUGAAAAAAAUUUUCUAUUUAUUAACUUUACUUAAAACUUUGGCAACCAUUUUUUUAGUUUCAAAUAUCAAAUUGGGAUACAAAUAAACAAGUUCGCAAAGAAAAAAUAUUUUUUAUGAUAAAAUUAAUUACAAACAUCAAUGCACUUAAAAAAGCACGUACAACAUGCAACAUUCGUGUUACUGGAUAACAUACUGUUUGUAUUGAGGGAAACUUACAGUCAAUUCUGUUUGGCGAACAUAUGUAUUACUUAUUGUAGAGGGAUGAAGUAAUUAGGGACAGUCCUGAAUAAUCGCCUGUCCUGCAACACCCAUAUGGACAAAGUUAUCUUAGCUCAGUAGGCAGGACUUCAAGGAGCAAUCGUAUAAUACCGCAGGUAUACAUGGCCUAUUCUAAACCCCUCAUCACUUACGAUAUAUUGGCGGCGGUUCGACCAGCGACUCAAUGUUCAACAAUGGGGACGAUUUCUACUUUUGUGCUGACAUUGUUCCGGUCACCGCGUAUUCAUACUUGCAAAUUCUUGUACCAUUAGAAGUUAAAGCUUUUCAUGACAAGCUAAUUGUACUACUUCUUCAAAUCACUUCUCAUUGAAAUAAAUGACUUCCCUUUGGCGAGGAGAAAACACGGAGAAGGUUGGGCCACAGAACUUACAUGAAUUUCAUUAAGGGAAAUCCGAUCCUUGAUACAUAUCAAGGGCCUGGGUAAAGCGGCUGUUACGAUGAAUUUAAAAACGUGACAGAUAUAAACGAUGCCUGUCCGGAAACGAGUAAGAUAUGUAUGAUAUAAAUUUGAACAAAGUAAAAAUUUUAGGAUAAAAUUAAUUAAGUAACC